CACACGGCCUCGACGUAAACUUGGGGUGUAACUCCAUCGCCACACACUCGCAGCCGCGCCCAAGCUUCCUGUUGCAUGCUCCGCUGCCUGUCGCGCACUCUGGUCCCGCUCCGCUACCUGUCUGUCGCGUCACGCAUGUCGGAGUCGUCGUCGUCAGCCACAUCUUCGGGCUUUGAUGCCACCCAGCGCUUUCUCUUUGAUCUCAACGGAUUCAUUGUUCUUCGCGGCGUGCUUGAUGCCAAUGAGGUUGCCAGUCUCCAAGCUGCCGUCGAUGCGCACGCGUCCGAGGCAGUGUCGCGCGACGCCGGGGCGCUCAAGAACGCCAAGGACGGGAGCGCGCUGUCGGCGCCCGGCUCACGACGUGAUCUCGGCGGUAUGUUAGGCUGGGAAGGCGUUGCAGGCGACGCGUUCCGCAGUUUGCUCGUCCACCCUCGGAUUGCGCCGUACCUUGUGGACCUUCUCGGCGAGGGCUACCGACUCGACCACCAGCCCAUUGUACUCGUGCAGGACGGCGGGUCCGAGGGCUUCUCGCUCCAUGGUGGGCCGCUCACCUCAUCCGGCACGUUCAAUCCUGAGCUGCAGUACCGGGCGGUGGCGGGGCAAAUGUGGACAUCGCUCCUGGCGUGCGCAGUCCAUCUCUCCGAGGCCCAAGCCGGCGAUGGCGGGUUCUGCGUCGUGCCCGGCUCGCACAAGGCUAACUUUCCGGUCCCGCCCGAAUUUGCCACCGGCGACGCGCCGGCCUUUGCCGAGCACAUCCACCAGCCGGUCGUCUCGCCGGGUGACGUUGUGCUCUUCUCCGAGGCAACCGUCCACGGCGCGUUGCCCUGGACUGCCGAUCACCAACGACGCGUGGCGCUCUUCCGAUUCGCCACGCCCUCGUACGGCUACGGCCGCGCCUAUCUGGAGGAGUUUGGCGGUGAUGUCUUGAGCAAGUGCACGCCCGAGCAGGCUGCCGUCCUCCUUCCACCCUACGCCCCGCGCCUCGAGCGCCCGAUCGCCACCCGUCCCGGUGCCUCCGCCACUCCGCGAUCAGAGGCCAAGAAGGCACACGAUCGCGCUGUCUUUAACACUUCUUACUUUUGAUCAAACUUCCCCCCUCCUUCCUC